GCUCCGGCUCCGUCAUUUUACCGGUUCUGGACUCUCUGCUUCAAGUCAGCAUCUUUCCUGAUUACUAUUGACCGUUGCCACAUGGCCCAUUAAUAUCCUUUUUGCCCCGAGCUCAUUACCUUUUUAUCGCCUUCAUUCGCACGCUUUGGCCAUUACUCCUUGAAAAAAAAAGGUCGUCUUGCCACCUAUCAAUUGCAAUGGCCCUCCGUCGGACCUUCACGCUUCCUCGGCAACUACUGCGACCGGUAGCUCGCAGCUCGCUUGGAUACAACACAGAACAGCGAAAUGGCUUCGCAACAGCAGUACCUCCGGUCACCCAAGAUGCAGCUGGUUCCAAGGGUCCUACCGCAAUGGUGUUCUUGAACAUGGGUGGCCCCUCUACGACGAAUGAGGUGGAAGACUUUUUGAGCAGGUUAUUUGCCGACGGUGAUCUGAUUCCCUUGGGACGACUUCAAACGUAUCUUGGACCACUUAUUGCAAAGAGGAGGACGCCAAAGAUCCAAAAGCAAUACGCGGAUAUUGGAGGCGGCUCACCUAUUCGAAAAUGGUCCGAAUACCAAUGCCAGGAAAUGUGUAAAUUACUCGACAAACUCAACCCUGAAAGUGCGCCUCAUAAACCCUACGUUGCAUUUCGAUAUGCUGCGCCUUUGACGGAAGAGAUGUAUACACAGUUACUCGAUGAUGGAUUCGGAAGAGGAAAAGGAGGCCGUGCUGUCGCAUUUACACAGUACCCACAAUAUUCCUGUUCGACCACAGGCAGUUCUCUGAACGAACUAUGGAAAUGGAGAAAUCGUCUGGAGGGUCCGCGCGCCAAUGGGAGCGUGGACUCCUCCGGCUCCAUCCAGUGGAGUGUCAUUGAUCGGUGGCCGACCCAUCCCGGGUUAGUAGAAGCUUUCGCAAAGAAUAUCGAGGAUCAGCUCAAGACAUAUCCGGAGGACAAGAGGGACAGUGUGGUCCUGUUGUUCUCCGCCCACAGUUUGCCGAUGAGCGUGGUGAACAGAGGUGACCCGUACCCAGCCGAAGUUGCAGCAACUGUCCAUGCGGUAAUGCAAAGACUUGGUUUUAGCAACCCUUACCGGCUGUGCUGGCAAUCCCAAGUGGGCCCAUCGGCUUGGCUUGGGGCUCAGACCAGCGACACUGUCAUGGAGUAUGUGAAGCGCGGGCAGACUGAUAUAGUCCUCGUACCGAUCGCCUUCACCAGCGACCACAUUGAAACUUUGUAUGAGUUGGACCUUGAAGUGAUGGAAGAAGCCAACUCCCCUGGAGUGAAGCGAGCGGAAAGCUUAAACGGAAGCCCCAUCUUCAUCGAAGCCCUUGCGAAUAUCGCGCAGGAGCACUUGAGAAAGGGAGAAAAGUGUUCUCGUCAGAUGACCCUGCGCUGUCAGGGAUGUAAAAGUGACAGAUGCCUGGAGCAGAAGAAGUUCUUCGCCGGCGAAGAAGCCGCGUCUCUUGUAGUGUAAACCCUUUGCUUUCUUUUUCUUUUUCUUUUUCUUUUCCUUUUCCUUUUUUCAUUAUUUUUUUAUAAAGCCACAUAAUCUUGUUUAUAUUAUGUACUUUAAGAUUUUUUGGAAAAGGAUAAUUUGCAAUUCUCAAGCACAUGGGCAAUAAAACAAUCAACGAUAGUGUAACUAGUUGUUGGUAUUUCUUGAUUUUGAGAGAUGACUAUAAAUGGGGGCACCGAAAUCUUGGAUCAAUGAUUAUCAAGGGGUCAAUGGCUUUGACGCUGUUGCUUCGAUUGGCCCCAGGAACAAAAUGCCGGACGCUAAACACCUCGGCACCCGUUAGCCUGGUCA